AUGACUGUACAAACACCCAAUACCAAAGAGUCCAAUGGCGAGCUCUCCACCCCAUCGCCAACCCCAAAGCUGCGACUGAGGAACAUUUUGAACAUGAGUGACUUCGAAGUGGCCGCGUCCCAACGGCUCUCUCCCAAAGCUUUUGCUUUCUUUAAAGCAGGGGCGGAGGACGAGAAAACAGAGCAAUGGAACCGCAACUCCUGGCAGCUUGCUCGAUUCCGACCUCGAAUCUUGCGCCCUGUGGAGUCUGUCGAUUUGUCCACCACAAUCCUGGGAACAAAAGUAAGCGUUCCGUUUUUCAUUGGACCAGCAGGUGGUGGCAAGCUUGCCCACCCAGCCGGAGAGAUCUUAAUGACCCAAGCCGCUGCGAAGAAUGGUGUCCUUCACUGGGUGUGUAAUAUGGCUGGAUGCACGCAGGAGGAGAUGGCAUGCGCACGCGCUCCAAACCAGACCACAUAUUGGCAGAUCUACGCCAAAACCGAUCUGGAAGUUACAGAGAAGGAGAUCAGACGAGCUAUUGAGCUUGGGUACAAAGGCUUUGCGUUGACGGUCGACGCUAUUCGUGGAGGAAAACGUGAACGGGAUCUGCGAAUGGAAGCUGCAGAGUACGAGGCCUCACACCCCGAUGAACCCGAGGACGACGAAGAUGACACGCCCACGACUGGCGGAAUUAGUGCCCAACGCGGAGCGGUAUGCUCGUCUUUUGAUUGGGACUCGGCCAUUACGUGGCUACGGGGACUGACAGAUUUGCCCAUCGCCAUCAAGGGUAUUCAGUGCUGGGAGGACGCAGCCCUGUGCAUGAAGUACGGAGUACACCCCUGGUUGUCAAACCAUGGUGGACGACAACUUGAGGGAGCGCCAUCAGCGAUUGAAACGUUGAUCGAGAUCCGUCAAAAUGCACCGGAAGUGUUUGAUAAUUGUGAGGUGAUUGUCGAUGGCGGCAUCAUGAGAGGUGCCGAUGUGGUCAAGGCGAUUGCACUUGGUGCGAAAGGGGUGGCUCUCGGGCGCGCAUUCUUGUACGCAUUGGCAUUUGGAGAGACUGGCGUCAGCAAGGCUAUUCAAAUCCUCAGGGCUGAGAUGGAGACUACCAUGAGUCUCUUAGGCGUGACUCGGAUCGAAGAUCUGAAUCCAUCAUACGUGGCAAUUCGGGAUUCUGCUGUUCGGUCCCGCUUGUAG